AUGCUCAGGCGGGCUCCAGCUACGCAUUGCUGGCUCUGCCCCGACGCUGGGGCAGGUCUGUGCGCUCAUGAGUGCGGGCUGUCCGCGACGCAGAGCCGCCGGGCGGUCAGCACCUCGCUUGUCCCACGGGAGCGUCGGAGGCACCCCAACUUCUUCCCCGAGAAAAUAUGUUUGAAAAAACCCCAAACAGAUGCCAAAGGACAACUGAGAGCUUCCAGUCCAAGCAUAAAAGUUUACUAUGUUUAUUUCAGGAAGGAUAUUAGGACACCACACCAAGCGACUGAAGCACUGAUCAAAGGGGAGAGCCUGGCUGAAGAGCAACCAGUCUGUCUGUGGCCUAGAUCGGCGCAUGUCGAGAGGAGCAGCUCUACGUGGGACUCCACUUCGAAACGGGACUCCCCAUUGAGGAGCCAGUCAUCCAGCCUGACGUCCGUCUGGUCUGCAAAGAGCUCCUUGCCAUCAAACGGGAGGUCCUGCAUCAGUGAUUGUGCCUCCGUCGACAGCCCGGACAACAAGAGCCACGACGCCCUGCGCAUGGUGAUCGCGGAAGCCAUCGAGCAGGCCGCCGUGUCUGCCACAUCAGACGCCGCUUGCAGGGCCACUUUUGCUGCUGACAACCCCUCUUCCACCAGGGCCUUGAAGUCCUUCCUGUCCCGGUCUGGGAGGAGGGGCUCAAAUUUAGGCAGGGACUCCCACAGGUUGAAGUUGUAUCUGCUCAGUAAGGCCUGGUGGUUGGCUAUGCGAAGCUGGAAGCUAGCCGACGAAUAA